GAAUAUGUUGAAGUUCAUAUGAGACAGGGCUGAAAAAUUAAGCUUCGGAUCGAAACAUUGUUCUCGCCGUCCAUAUGCCGGUCUACGAUGGAAAAAGGCGACUUGCAGCGCUUUCGCAAUGAAUGCGUAGCUGCCCAUAACUUCUACCGCGCCGGCCAUGGAACAGCGCCUCUUUGCUGGUCAUCGCGUCUCGCGGAGAGCGCGCAAAAUUGGGCAGACUACCUCGCUAGUUCCGUCGGCGGUUCACUGAGGUACAGCACUGACAAGGACAUUGGAGAAAACCUCGCCUGCUUGUGGGGGUCUGAAUUAAACGGGCAGAAAGUCACGCGGAUCUGGUACGAAGAAGGGAAGUAUUUUGAUUACAACAAGCCGCGAGUUAACUCGCGUACGCGCUCCUUCUGUCAGGUGGUAUGGGAGGGGACGCGAGAGCUUGGCGCGGGAGCGGCUGUCACUAAACAUGGAAAACAGAUCAUUGUGGCUCGAUAUUUUCCAGCCGUGAAUAAGAGAGAUGUGACGCGGAACGUGAAGAAAGCGAGGAGCACACGAGAUAAUGAACAGCCUCUGGCCUACGAUACACGAUGGAGUAGGCUCUAUGUUGGCCUUAAAGAGUUUCACGAAGAAUGCCUGGCAGCGCACAAUGAGUACAGACUCAGACACGGUGCCGCUGCUCUUCAGUGGUCAGCCGAGCUGGCCUGGGAAGCGCAGCAAUGGGCUGAGAAUUUGGCGCGAAGUGGCGAACUUCGUCACAAUGAUGACGAUACUGUUGGGGAGAAUUUAGCGGGAAUGGCCGGCGGUGAACUAACAGGGCGGGAAGCGACAGGCAUGUGGUAUGACGAAAUAGAAGACUACAACUUUGAAAACCCGGGUUACAGCGAAAAUACAUCAAACUUUUCGCAGAUUGUUUGGGUGGCGUCAGAGUCUCUUGGAGUUGGUAGAGCACUUCACGAUGAUCUCUGUGUGGUGGUGGCCUUUUAUGAACCUCCGGGUAACAUGGAAGGAUCAUUUGGGGACAACGUGCUUCGUAUGGGGUCAGCAGUGCGGCAAAGAAAGAGUAAAGAGCCAAGAGGCUUUGUGCCGCCCACCCCUGCAGACUUGGAGAGCUUUCGCCUGGAAAUGCUCGUGACCCAUAACUACUUUAGAGCCCGUCAUGGUUCUCCUCCGUUAGUUUUCAGUGGGGUCCUAACAGAUGAAGCCCAGUAUUGGGCUGAGCGCCUUCUGGUGACUGGCGCCAUGGAGAGCUUGGAUAACUCAAGAAUUGGUAUUAGCGUGGCAGUGCUUGAUAAAAGCCAAGUCAGCGGGGUUAAGGUAUCUGAGCUCUGGUACAAGGAAAUAUUGAACUAUGACUUUGACAGUCCUGGCUUUAGUAAUGAGACUUUAAACUUCAGUCAGCUGGUCUGGCAAAGCAGUCGUAAGCUGGGUCUUGGUAAAGCUACAGGUGUGGACGGGGUGACUGUUAUUGUAGCUCGGUAUGAGCCUGUUGGCAAUAUCGAUGGACUGUUUGUUCAGAAUGUCAGGCGACGAGGACACGAGAGAGGCAGUUGUGAACCAAUGAUAUUCCACGUGGAAUACAGAUACCGAGUGCGAGCCGACAGCAAGUCCACCACCAGCUUUAUGAGCUGGGAGCAUGAAGAUGCACCGACUUUUGGAGAACUACAGACUGAUACCGUGAGGACGAGUUCUGAAGCACCUCAAGGGACUGGACUUAAUCGAGCAAAGUUUCUGUUAAACCGUUUAAUAGAAGACUUGGACCGGUGUCGUAACAGCUGUUACCUUUCCCCUCCCCUCAGUAUGGCCGCCAGUUUAAGUUGGAGUGACUUGGACGAGUUUGAUGAGAACGAGAAUAUCCUCCACAGGGCCCACGACCAGGAGGUAUCCAACAACCUGACAGUAAGCGACCACUUUACCCGGCUGGUGUGGAUAGAUCCUAACAGCCCUACUCUCCAGAGAAAAGGUGUUGUCGAGAAGCCUGCUCAGGAUGACAAUGGCGAACAGGACGAGGACGAAGAAAAAGAAGAUCCGCGGACAGCAUAUGAACAAGAUAACACAUUAGAGGCAGCUGAUCUAACCUGUGUAGCAGAGGAACCACUCUUGGAUACCGAGGAGGGCGAAUUGGAAGAAGCAGAUUUGUUUUCUGAUCCCGAAGAUGAUCUGCAUCAACGUUUCUCUGAGGUGCGUCGCUCUCUUUCUUUGGAUUCAGAGGGAACAGAACCAGACAUGCAGAGGGGUAGCGUACUGUCCAAAGUAGCUUUCUUUGAGAUGUUUCAGCAAGGCAUGGAAACUCAAUCGCCCUCCCAUUCACAAACCCUACUUAGACGCAGUGUUAUUCAAGAAGAGCUGGAGGAACUGGCUUCCCUUCCGAAAAGAAGUCCUUCACCGCAAGAAGAGGAAGUUGGAAGAGAAGAGGAAGUCAUGGGGGAACAUGAAUGUCAGCUGGAAUUUGACGAUGUAUUUCCUGCGCACAGGGAAGGGGACGAAGAAGAUGUGCACUUAGACGAAGACACAUUUGAUGACGAGGGUGAAGAUGAAGAAGAAAGUCUCGUUAGUGUAUCAGAAACAGAGGACGUGCUAGAUUUUCCUGAUUAUGAUACCAGACCAGAUGGCCCACAAGACCUUGAAUUCGAGGUGGUCCUUAGCGUGACCCAUGAGUUUUCAGACAAGGAGCAACCAGCUAUGGAGAUCAAUGAUGUUUAUCAUGAGGAUAUUUCGCAGGAGCAUUCCGAUGUUACGGAAGAGGAGGACCAACGACUAUCGUCAUUGACGAACGUGUUUUUGCCAACAAACUUGAGCACAGAUAGCGAAUUUCAAAUAACUGAUAAUUUUAGAUUGUGCAAGGAUGAAUCACCGUAUUUAGUAGAGGACGCUCCCGAUAAUUCGAGGGAGGAACGUUUUAAAUCUAGCGAGGCUGUCAUAGACGAACCAAGAGACUCGUUUCAAAGAACUACAGAUCCAGAGUUUUGUUUUGCAACUUCGAAACAGGAAAAGGUCGAAAUUCGAAUGAGAGAAAUUUUAGCUUUAGAAGGACUUUCGUUUGUGGAGGUGAGCGAAGACGCCAGUGAUGAAUCUUGUGAUUUCAAGGAAACAGUGGAAGGUAAGCUUGUAGAAAAUAUUGUAAACAGUGAGAGGCGUCGUGAGCCAGAUUAUGAAAGAACACCAGUUGAAGAAACUUGUGAAGCUACCUUUCGAGAGGCUGUGGAAUCGGAAAUAGAUUUCGAAGCGUUGUUUGGAAAACUCCACGGAGAUUGUGAUGAAACGGAGAAAACUAACGUAGAGCAAGAGAGUGAUACAGUCAUCGUCCCCUCUGAAACAGUUCAAGUUCUAUCACGAGAUCGAGAAGGUGAAGUUGCGGCGAAAUUAGCACGAUUAAGCGCUGAUCUUGGACUUACACCCAUUACCGAUGACGACGACCUGAAAGAAGAACGGGAGGCUGAGUUAGAAGUAACGCUAGACUACCAAAGUACAACAUCCAUUCCUGCACACAAUGAAUCCUCGAGUGAAUCUGCUCAUGAAGCUACCAUUCAAGCGGUUUGGAAAAGCGCGAAGGAUCUCGAGGAGCCACAAAUGCGAUUGGACAGUCUAACCCCGGAAGAUAAUGCGGAACACCGUUGUGUAGCUCUUCCUCGUAAUUACGAUCAGGAACGUACAAAAGCUCUCGAGGAAACGAGCUUAGAACUUAAUUUAGUUUUCUCGUCACCUGAUGAAAUAAUUCCAUCCGAAGAACAUGUCGAACCAUUAGAUUACCACCAAGCAUCUAAAUCAACAACAGCUAGCGAGCAACCAGAGAUCGUAGAGCACAUUGACGCCGAGACUCAUCCAGUUGUGCACACUAAAAUAAACUACGAGGACAUAUUUCGUUCCCUAGAAGACGAAAAUGCAGAGUCUGCGGACGAAAUUUCAGAAACCGAGCAUUUUGAAGACACCACAAGGGAAUCCACCUCACAAGAUGAAGCAUCGCGAGCAUCGUUACACAUUGAAAAGGACACCACAGUUGACCAGGUCUUCUUGUCGCGCUGUCUCCCUACCUCCUCGGAGUAUAUUUCUCCUGAAAGCAAGCAACUUGAACCAGUAGAGGAAACUGUUGAGGUGAGACAAGUCGAGAAACAGAGACCAGCUUCAUUAUACAUGGAAGAGAGUUGCGAAGUAGAAGAAGUAGUCGUUGACAGUCCCACCUCUCCAAGACACAUUUCUGGAGAAGGUUUGAGCCUUGAUAGAAUAGAGAUGGCUUCCGAAGAGAAAGUCAUCGCGGAAACUAACCUUGUCUUGUUAAUACAUGAUGAACAUGAAAGCGUCAAUGAAAUAAAUACCGAAACGUCUAUUCGACAUCAUAUUGCUGGAAAAACUAAAAAUCAAGAGUUAUUUGAUGAAAUCACAGAAGAAACGAUAAGCGACAGCAAUGUGCGUGCUUCCUUAUACAGGGACGAGGACGUAGCAGUUGAAGAUGUAUCACCAACUGUACCUUCAGUACGGACACACCUCUCAAAUGAGUGCGAGAGUGUUCAAUCUUUUAAAGAGCCAGAGAUGGUAGAACAAACAGAGGAAGAGAACAGAUCGUCGCUGUACAUGGAGGAAAAUGUAUUUGUAGACUCGGUGAAGUACAGAGAAGCUGAGAACUCCUUACACAUUUCAAGUGAAACUUGUAGCUCGGACAUGACUGAAGAGGUGUUAGAACAACAUGAAGACGUGCAACAUGCGUCACUGGUUAUGCAUGAGGAAACAGUUGUUGAUGUUACAACCCGUUCGACGUCCUCACCGUUGUACAUAAUUGGCGAUAGUGCUUCUGGUAAGAGUUUUGAAGAAAUAUAUGAAGACGUUUUUGAUGAAGUGGAGAGAAGGGCGUCUUUGUCAGAGGAAGAAGAUUCAAUUAUCCACGAGGUAGUACCUGACGCUCCCUCUUCCCCCAAUCAUCUCGUAGAAGAACAUAAAAAUGUCGAACCCUUUGAAAACAUUGACAAGGAGCUUGGUAAAGAAAGCAAACGGGCAUCACUGUUUUUAGAGGAAGAAAAAGAUAUAGUUAACGCUCAAACUGACAGCCCAUCUUCGCCAAAGCACAUUGCAAUGGAAAGCAGAAAUUGCGAGACUUACCACGAAAUGGAAGAAGAAUCUAUCGAGGAGAGUAACCGAGCAUCGCUAUUGAGGACGCAUGCUAUUGAGGACGAGGAGAUAACUUUUAUGCCGUCACCUCCAAAGCACCUAGCAGGAGAAAGUGUGAACAUGGAGAAUUUCGGAGAGGUGGAAGAAGAGCCAACCGCUGAAAAAAAAACCUCUCUUUCCUUGGAAGAAAAAUUUUCUGUCGAGGAAUUAAAACACUCCCAAACUUCUGUUCCUAUUCAUAUUGCCGGUCAAGACGUGUGCAUGACAGAAUUUGAGGAAAUCCCAAAGGAAGCCGCGGCACCUUUGGAGCUCGCCCAAGAAUUUGAAGAAAGUCUUGAGGAGGUCAGCUACGAUGAUGCCAUUGAUCCAAACAAUCACAUCGCUGGUGAGGUUACAAACAGAAAGCUUAUUACAGACGAAGACGAUUCGCCAGAAUCGGAUUACGGUGAACAGUUUGAGGAAUUUGAGAAUACUUAUCGAACUCAAGGACUCAUGGGGCCCGCUCAAAGCGCGCAUAUAUCUGGGGAAAUAGAUAACGUUGUCUCUUGUGAUGAGGUCAUGGAAGACGCCUCGCGAGUGGAAGAAAGUGUAGAGUAUGAAGAUAGUCUUCAACUUGUAACCACAACUAAUAUGGAGGACACAAAUCAAUCUUCACUUCACGUAGCUGUUGAACUCUCUAACAUUGAAGCUCGUGAAGAAUCCUCUGAGGAAGAAAAACAAGAAGAAGAAGUGAGUCCAGAGGAAAUUGAAGAAGCUUUGGAGCGGGCUACAACUAUUGUUCUUAAGUCUCCACACUCUUUACUGAGUAUGGCUGCUGCUGCAUUGGAACAUAAAAUUGAUGCUGCGCAACAGGCCUCUGAGGUGGUGGAAACACAAUCCGAAGUAUCACAACAACACAAUGAAGAGGAACGUCUCGAGGUACCAGUUAUUUUUGUGAAUAUUGCUGAUGAAGAAUCUAAUAAUGAGGAAGAAAGUGCUUGUUGUGUCGCAGAAGAACCAAAUAUUGAGACAGAAAUACAGGAACAAUAUGACGAAUCUCCCGUACAAUGUAAGACUGAACAAACACCCGUCUCUGAGUCGCAUGUUGCUGCAGAAUUUUGUAUUUCUGAAUUUUCAUCUGAAAGACAUGACGUGGAGAAGAAAACAGACCUUGCUGAACCUUUUGAGGAAAGUGAAGAGGGCUCUUUCUCAGAACUAAUGUCAGAGUCUUCUUCGUCACCGUUGCACGUUUCUAGUGAACUCAAAGAUUUUCAAGAUUACGAAACAAUUGGCGAGGAUUCUAGUACGGAAACGUAUCACGCCACUACACUUGAUGAAACCAAGUUCGUUUCGGAGAAGUCAUUCUCGAAAGGAAUGCCAUUACUUUACAUAACUGAGGAACUGUCGACACAAGCAAUGUAUGACGAAAGUGUUCUGAACGAGAAAUCAAUUACAAUAGAAACGACUGAGGCGUAUAAUGAAGAAGAGAAACCUUUAGAGAGGGAAACUAACAUUUUCAUAGCUGAGACCCCACUCCAGACGGCUGCUGAGUUUUCCGACUCCGAUUACAAUUACGGUGUUGGAGAGGAAGAUUACUCAAGUGAAAGAGAGUUUUGUGAAGCAUUUGAAGAGAAGGAAGAGAGCAGCGGAAAAGUAUCACUAUUUCAGGGUGUAGGAGAGCCAACUGGCUCCGUUUCCGAAAAUGGGUUAAGCGACUCGCAAAUUGCAGAGGAAGGAAACAGAAUUUCAGACGAAACUGACAACGCACAUAAUUUUAGCACACAGGAGCUAGUUUACGUUCAUCACCGUGCAAAGGAUGUCGAAAGAGACAGCAUUGUCUAUGAAGAAGAAAUCGAAGAAAAAGGUUUUACACAUCAGAUGGAGACGUUUACGACUGUGAGCCAAAACGAACACAGAUCUGUGGAAGUCAAGUCUAACUUCCGUGUUAUAGAGACCGGAGAGUCACAAGGCGGCGAAAAUGUAUUCACUGGAGGAGAAGAACAGCAAAUGAAAACAUCGCACGCGAUUGAAGAGACAGUCCAAGUUAUUUCAUCGAAAACCACAAGUCAGGCAUCCUCCACAAAUUCUCACUUUGCCGCUGCAAGUGAAGAAAUUCACUACAAAGCCGACAAAAACAGCGAGGGUAUACUACAGGAGGAAUUAAAAAAAGUCCAAGAAGUCUCUUUCACUUCAACAAAACAAACAACUCGACAAACUUCGUGGGAAAAGAAAGAAAACGAUCAACACUUUGAAACAGGUGAUCAGCUUAGUGAAGGAAUUUUAGAGAGAGAAGUUCAAGAUCAAGAAACCAAGAAGAAUGAAAAGCUACUUUCAGAGGACGAAACAGAGGUUCGUCUUCUAAAGGGCGAACUUCUAAAAUCCAAGGCAGCUGAGCAACAAGAAUCCUUGGCGAACCCACAAUUGACGGUAUCAAAAUUUGUGAAACGUUUUGUUGUUCAUUCAGGAGCUAAGGACGUUCAGGAAGUUCAUCAGAUUGUACGACAGGAAGACGUAACAGUCAUUUUAAAAGAUGACGAGGCUUCUCUUGAAGAAGAGUCAGCGGAAGAUCACUUUGAAGAAGAAAUUGAUAUUAUGCGUAUGGAUGAAGCCUUGUCAGAGGAGGAAUUCCGUGGCGAAGGAGUUGAAAAUGUUGAUCGUAACAAUUCAAGAUUAUCUAAGACCGAUUCAGCAGACGGGAUGGACAGAUGGAACCAGGAGGAAGGAAGACAACCACUCGAGGAUGAACAAAAAAAACCUCUCUAUGAGGAAGAAGUAGAUGUCAGCGAAGUGCAACCUAUCUAUGAGGAGGAAGUGGAAAUGCAGCGAGUGAAGAAAAAAGAAGAUGCGUACCCCUCAGAAACUGAGGAAGAGGUCAUCAGUAGGCCUACUUUUGAAGAGAUUGAGAUAGCAGCAUAUGUAAGUACUAUUCAAGCGGAAGAAGGCAGCUUUAAAAACCAGACUGCUGACAAUAUGCAAUUAAGACCAAAGUCAGCGAAGCUUGAAGAGGAAUUGGAGGUAUCUACCCGACAAGAAGUUGAAGAAGAGGGCUCAGAGGAUUUUGAACCAGAAGGUCAUUCAGUGGCAGCAGUGGAAAUGCAAAGAGUAAAGCAAAAAGAUGCCUAUCCCUCUGAAACUGAGGAUAAUGUCGUCAGUACGCCUUCUUUUGAAGAAGUCAUCAAGAUGGCAACAUAUGGGAGUACUAUUCAAGCGGAAGAAGGCAGCUUUGAAAGCCAGUCUGCUGACAAUAUGCAAUUAACACCAAAGUCAGCCGAAUUCGAAGAGGAAUUGGAUGUAGCCACGCUACAAGACGUUCAAGAAGAGGGCUCGGAGGAUUUUGAACCAGAAGGUCAUUCAGUGGCAGCAGUGUUUGAAGAAGAGGUAGAGAUUUCUGCUUCCGUGGAAGAAUGCAAAGAGCCUUUAUUCGUUAGCGACGACGAACGCAAAACGGUUUACUACAUGGAAAGUUCAGAGCAUUUUGUUGAGGAAGGACAUGUUGUUGAAAACAGAGCCACGCGAAGACAACCACUUGAUUUGAGCCAAGUUGAUCUGUAUGAAGAUGAAAGAGCAGCAACACGGUAUUACGUUGAAUUGUCAUCAACUGAGAGCCUGGAACGAGCUUAUGGGGAGGUACAAGAGGAGGCAUCGUUUACCGAAAAAUACGUGCGACAGGGAGAUCCAUUGGAAGAGAACCUAGAAGAGUUUAUUCUAGUACGAUAUGGAGAUGAAUUUGAAUCUUCUGGUGAGGAGGACCUUUCUGAACAACGAGAAAUCUACGUCAUUCCUGAAGAAGAUAAUGAUGGUGAAAACAGCAACCUUGUAAAGGAAGAGCUUGAGACUGAGAAGGAACCACUCGCGGAGAGUUUUUACGAGAGAGAAGACGAAGACGUCGGUCUAGAGGAAAUCCGGGAAUCUCCAGAAUUCGAAAUCGACGAUUCUCCAGAAGACGAAUUGGAUGAAGAGGAACAACGUCAACUCGAAGAAUAUGAGCGACUUGAGUCAUUUGUUAUCUUAGAAGAGAAGCUGAGCCAAGUGGAGUCCGAUGAAGACUGUGGUGACGAGAAUGCAGGUUUCAGAGGCGAGGAGAGGGACGAAAAUGUCUUCCAUUCAGAUGUGCAUUCUAGCAGUGAGGAAACUUUGCACGAGGAUGAAUUAGGUGAGACUAUGACGACGUCUUCGAUUCGUCAGGCAGCAGUGUCUGCCGAUACCGAAUCAAAGGAGGAUAAAAAUGCGGAUUACCAGAGUACCGUUACACACCAAGAACUCCCUGAAGAUUCCUCUCCAGUAAAAGAUGACGAACUAAAAGGUCUGGAAGGUGCUGCAGAUAGUGCAGGGGACGAUGUUUCCAGAAAAGUUAGUAAGGAACUUCAAACGUUAUCGAGUCAGAAAGGCAUUCCAUCUGAUGAAGGACAUCAAGAGAACGUGGGUGCAACUCGAGAAUCUGCUGAGAAAGGAGCACACCCCGAAUUCAAACGAGUAAAAGACGAGGAAAAUGAGCCGAAUCUAAGCAGUGAUUCUUCGGGAGAACAAAGUAUAUCAAGUGAAGGAUCACAGUCCUCCACAGCCUCAGUUGAUCUAGAAGGAUUAGACGACUUUGAGGAAGACUGUUUUUUGCAACACAACUUGUACCGGCGGCAACACCGAUGCAAACCGCUGAAAUGGUCUGACGAACUCGCCGCUGGCGCAAAAGAGUGGGCAGAAUAUUUGGCAUCAGUGAAUUCCCUCGAACGAUGCGAAGGAAAAGAGUUUGGUCAAAAUCUCGCAAUUGCGCAAGGAAUAUAUUUAAGUGGCUCCGAAGUUGUCGACAUUUGGUAUAAAGAAUCAACAGAUUACAAUUUUGAUGUUCCUGCCUUUAACGCCAAAUGUGGUAAUUUCACGCAAGUUGUUUGGACAUCGUCUCGAGAGUUCGGUGCGGGGAAGGCUGUGGCUGACGAUGGAACUCAGUUUGUCGUAGCGUGGUAUAAACCUUCCGGAAACAUCGUCGGAGAAUUUAGAGACAAUGUAAAACCACCCAAAGAUUCUUCCAGUCGAGUUCGAAGACGAAGGUCCAGUGCUAGGAGACGUUCUCAAUCAGGAAUUCCGCCUGUGACUCCAGCGGAAAGAGAAAAAUUUAAAACCGAGUGUGUCAUCUCACAUAAUUACUACCGUACAUUUCACAAUGCUCCACCUCUGCGUUGGUCCCCAUUAUUGGCUACCGAAGCGCAGAAUUACGCAGAUCGCUUGGUUAAGACAGGCUCACUUUCUCACAGCGGGCAAAAGGACCACGGGGAAAACCUGGCCUACACAUGGGAUAGCCCGCUCUCUGCUCGAGGAGCGGUGGACUUGUGGUAUGAUGAAGUUCAAGAUUACGACUUCGAUUCCCCUGGUUACACAUCCGAUACGGGACAUUUUACGCAGUUAGUCUGGGUUGGGACAGAAGAAUUUGGAAUGGGGAUGGCUGCAGCUCCCGAUGGGAGACAUGUGGCUGUCGGAAGAUACUAUCCCCCGGGGAACAUCGUAGGACAGUUUAGAGAAAAUGUGCGUCCAAGGGAAAUUGCCGGAAUUCCGUAGUGGGGUUUACAAUGAUUUUAUAUCUGGUGGACAGUGUUUGGAAAGUGAUUUCGAACUGCGAUAAAGCCACAGAUAAAUUGGCCUGUUUUGAGAUGCUGUAAAGUCUUGAAAGGAGUAUUUUUUACACGUAACAUUUGGAAUACGUUCUUACUUUUCAUAUUGAUCGUUUCACCAUAUGAUCAGUUUCAUGGGAAGUUUAAGGGAAGAUAAUUGAAACCCCUGUCGGAAUUCUCACCACAUAAAGGUUCGCUGUAAUGUUUAUGUACCAUAAGGGGUUUAAAAUAAUUUUAGCUUGUGUUGAGUGCAACAGCAAGUUAAUGCAGAACAUACAAGAUACCGCGAUACAGAAGUAAGGCGAUAAAAAGCAGCGUUUACAAGUGUUUCAAUUGACUUUAAUUUUUAGGGGUAGAGCUUUUUUUCCUUUUGAAUACUUAGAAAAUCCGUCACUAAAUCAGAGUUAGUGAGAGAGUUGCCACGCUCUUGUAAAAGUCGGAAUGUUAGUAUAUUCUAAAACAGUGAAUAAUGUUGAAAGCGCGCUCUGAUUGCCUACUCACACUCCGAAUAUCCUUUUCUAUUCACCACCAAGCAACUCGUGAGGGAAUUGCAUCCGAAAAUAUUGUAAUUGUUGCAAGAAUAAAUGAAGCAACAUCACGUUUUUGUGCUUUAUCAUCUCGCCGCUUUAGUAUAAUUUUAUCUAAAACAACUAUUCACCUAAGUGCCGGUGGCUAGCAGUCGAUAUCUACGUUGCCGUUCCGUGGUUCGGUGAAAAAUCACCACUAGCCACCUCCAUUUAGUAGAAUAGUUGUCAUUCAUUCAUUAGGUUUCUAAAGAAUAUUGAAGUACAUUUUGCGUCUGUGUUGGGACUGAGAACAUUAAGUCACUUAUUGAAUAUUAAUUAGUCUUAUAGGCUAUCUUUCUGAAAGAUUCUUCUAAAUACUAGACAGCAAUCUUUUGUUGUGUUAAAAAAUAUAUGAAUUGGAAUUGUCUUAAUUAUUGGAUCACAUAGGCCUCCAGUGACAUUAAAGAAUGUAUAUUUGAUUCCAUAUUUAUUUUGUAUUAUAACCUUUUAAAAAUAUUUCUUUGUUAAAGAGAAAUUAUAACGAUAUUUAUUGUUAGAUAGGCUGUUUAAAUUAAGUGUUAAAGAAUAUGGAAGCAAAUAAAUUGCAGAGUUCCAGCAGGAA